UUCAUGACAAUUUAUUAUAGUAAUUAAUUAUGCGCAUUCUUGUUCUCUCAAACCCUAGCUUUUAAUUUCCCCUUUCAACUCACGAUCACAAAGAACAUAAAUCUGAUAGAUAGAGAAGCAGAAAUCGAUCAAGAAAAGCAGGAAUCUUCAGUGAUCGAAUUAAGCACGAUCAUCGAGGCAGGUUUUGUGAUAGCAUAGCAUAGCAAUCAUGAGAUUCAUAAAGGGUAGUAAAGUGGAGGUACUACAGAAGAAAGAGGUGCCUCCAGGCGAGUGGCAUUGUGGUAAGAUUAUCUCAGGUAAUGGGCACACUUACAGUGUUAUAUAUGAAGGUUCUUUUGGCAUGAGAAGCGAGGCACUUGUUGAGAGAGUGCCAAGGAAAGCCGUUAGGCCCUGCCCUCCUUCUGUGGGAACUGUGGAGAGUUGGGCGGUUGGAGAUGUUGUGGAGGUCUUUGAUGUUGGUUCCUGGAAAGUAGCUAUGGCUUUGAAGGUUUUGGGUGGGGAUUAUUGUUUGGUCAGGCUACUGGGAUCUUGUGAGGAGUUCAGAGUUCAAAAAUCCGACAUCCGGGUGCGUCAGACUUGGCAGGAUAACAAAUGGGUUGUGAUUGGAAAGGGUUCGGGAAGUUGCGAGGCUGUGAAAUCCAACAAACCAUCCAGCUCAAACUGUUAUCUGAUGAACUCCGAGUUUCCGCAAUUAAUUACAGCCAGAAAGAAGCAGACAGGAAAUGAUCAUUUAGCUGCCAAAGACAAUACUUUUUUUCAGGAGUCUUGUGUUGUCUCAUCUAGAACAUUGAAGAGAUUGUCCCCUUAUUGCUCCUCUCAUAUUGAAGAAUAUACCAGAAAAAUGAGAGCAGUUGAGAAAGAGGGUGAGCGUCAAAGAUUCAUUUCAGAGUCCCCAUCCCCCUUGCUAAAAAAGGUAGAUGCUGUUGCUUACCCACGAGUAAAACUGGGUGAAAAAUACAUGCAUGCUUCCUCUAAUAAUCAAACAACUGGAUAUUUUGAAUUGGAGAGGGGAAAUCAGAAUGAUUCUGUUUUGUCUUUUCAUGAAAGAAGUUCAGAACCUUCUGAUUGUGAUAGCGUGGCAUCUUCUGUUGGUAGUUGUAGUGUUGUUAGUAACAGUCCAAAUAAGUUGUCUGGUCAUAUUUUAUCAGGUCCUACUCAAGAUGCAAAUACCCUCUGUAGUGAUGCAGAUUCCUUUUAUGAUUGUGGAGAUGAGGAAGGAAAAUGUCCCCUUUCUCUACAAGAGGAUGUAGCAGAAAAAAUCCAUAGACUAGAGUUGCAUGCUUAUUGCAGGACUCUAGAGGCAAUAUAUGCUUCUGGGCCCUUAAGUUGGGAGCACGAAGCUCUAUUGACAAAUCUCCGUAUUUCACUCAAUAUUUCAAAUGAUGAACAUUUGAUGGAGAUAAGGCAUCUAAAAUCAGUUGGAACUGGCCUUCAUCUUAGUUAACUAAUAAUCAAGGGAUUUUGUUUUCCUUUAGAAUAGGAUAUUCCAUAGUUGGCUGUCCUCACAAAUCAUUGUAAGAAGCAGGAGGAAUGGUUGCUUUUUGUAGAAUCGGUCUUGGGAGUUUCAAUCUGUACUUGGAAAUUAUGUAACAAAAAAUUGUAUACAGGAAUGAAUUUUUUUCAGGCUCAUCGCAGUGUUCUUUUA